UGCGCAGCUGGCUGGUCACACUGGCAGCAGACGUCACAAUAUAUUCUAUUAUUUUGUUUUGUGCGAAAAGUUAGCAGGCCAGCGAACGUGGACACUAGCCCACAAACAACGGCAGCAUGGCGAGCGGGACAAGCGGCACAAGCAGCAGCGGAGCAGCCCAGUCGACGGACACGGCACCAUCAUCGGCAGAAAAGUGGGGCUUCCCUUUGAUUGAGCUCUACCGCCUGGCAUUCACGUUCUAUAAGCGAAACUCCGGCAAGGCCAUCCACCUGUCGUACGAGGACAACCUCAAGCUGAUUGCCUUCAAGCAGCAGGCGGCGCUGGGCCCCUUCAACACGAGUCGCGCCCCGGCGCUGGGCGUUCUGGACGUGAUCGGACGCGACCGGCAGCAGCACUGGCAGCUGCUGGGUGAGAUAACGCGCGAGCAGGCGAUGGAGGGGUUCGUCGACCUGCUGGACACAAUGUGCAGCGCCUUUCGGCCGUACAUUGAGGCCGUGCGGCAGGACCGCGACGAGACGCUGCGCAAGGAGCUGCGCCUCAUGGAGCAGGAGAAGGAGGCACGCGAGCGACAGGAGAACGCCCAGCUGGAGCAGCUCGUGGAGGCGUACAAGGAGGAGCUGCAGCGCCGCCAGCUGCAGGACGCACUCAACAAGCAGACCUACCAGCAGUUUAAGCUGUACGCCGAGAAGCAGUUCCCCGGGAACCCCGAGCAGCAGGGCGUGCUUAUCCACCAGCUGCAGCGGGAGCACUACCACCAGUACAUGCAGCAGCUUCAUCUGCAGAACCAGAAUCAGAACACAGAGGACAAGGGACACCAGGAAGCAGAACACGUCCCUGGCAAUAACAACAACAGCUCCACCGACUUGCCCAACGCCAUGGAAGGACUGAAGCUCGGUGAGGUCGAGUCACAGCAGCACCAGCAGCUGGCCGAGCAGCAGGACGGGCAUGUAGAGCAGACGUUGGAGGGCGUUGGGCAGGAACAGCACGGCGAGGAAGAGUACGACGACUACGUCAUGAUCUGCCCGGCCAAGAUCUGGACUCGUCCCGACAUCGAGCAGUUUAAGACUGAGGUGUCUGCCGGCGAUGGCGACGGCGUCAUCACCAUUGGACACGGCGACACGGUGACGGUCCGUGUGCCCACCAACAUGAACGGCAAGUGCAUCUUCUGGGAGUUCGCCACGGACAGCUACGACAUCGGCUUCGGCAUCUACUUCGAGUGGGCCAAGCCCGUGACCAACGAGGUGACCGUGCAUGUGAGCGACUCCGACGAGGACGAGGAUUGCGUGGACGAGGACUACCUAUCCACCACCGAGGACCUGGAGUCGGGCUCGCUGUCGCAGGAGCGCGGCGCAGUUAACAACCCGACUGCUGCCCCCAAGGCACCCAUUUCCAUUAUCGUGCCCAUCUAUCGGCGGGAGUGCUACAACGAGGUCUACGUGGGCUCCCACUCCUAUCCGGGCGAGGGCGUCUAUUUGCUGAAGUUCGACAACAGCUACAGCAUUUGGCGCAACAAGACGCUGUACUACCGCGUCUACUACGAGCGUUAAGAGGCCAAAAUGUAUUUACUAUCCACUAACUUAGAUGAAUCCUAUCUCCGUACGAACGGCUCAUGUGCAAGUCCGGAAUAAUCUGUAUGUGCGUGUGCGUGUGGUUUUGGUUUUACGUGUGCGUUGCUGCAACUCCGGGAAACGAGCGGCGGGAAAAGACCAAGCCGAUUUCAGACUUGUAAUGACCCGCUUAAUCACAGUAAUACACGUUAGGGUUUAUGGCUUGUAAUGAGUUAGUUUAUUUGGUUUAAUAAUAUUCGCGCACCCACUCCGCUUCACAGUUCGCACCCCAAUAAUCCCUUCUCUCACUCCUCUGCUGGGCGAUCGUUCGCGCCUGUCCCGUCGCUGCUCUCUCGAUGCUUGGUUGUUGGCAAUGCCGGUUGCCACAUCCCUCCUUUAUUGACGAGUUUUAGCUUUAAUGGCGGCAGGGGUGGCUGGAUCCCGAGGCCUCCUUCUGUGGGCUGAAGUACUGCGACCUCUGAAGUUGGUGUUGAUUCCGGUAGGCUGGCAUCUGAUUGCGGCGUUGGGCAGGAGGCUGGAUACGUCUGGCUAGCCGGGACUUUCUUAAGAUGUGAGGCAUUUCUUGUUAGUUUUCUACCACCCCCUUCGAUCACCACAAUGUUAUUGUGUCGUUCUAACACCGUAAAUUCCGUCUUGUCGAAGUUUGAUGUAAGUUUGUUUGGGAACACUGCGUUUUUCAAAAGUACCUUGUCGCCCACUUCUAUAUCGACUUCCUUUGCCCCUCUUCUUUUGUCGGCUGCCUGCUUUCCCUUAUAUUUUCCAAUAAUGUCUUUAUCUCUUUCCUCAGAGUCUAAGGUUUUCUCGUAGAUAUCCCCAACGCCUGGUAUUUUGUCACGGAUGACUCUGCUGAACAUUAGCUUUGUGGGCGCUGACCCUGUUGUUCCAUGUGGGGUUACAUUGUACAUCAAAAUAAACUUUUGGAUUUCCUCUUUGUAGUUUUUCCCAUUUGCGUAUGCUAUUUUUAGGCGUUUCACAAGGGCUCUGUUCAUGUUCUCAACUUCCCCGUUUGCUUGCGGCCAAUACGGUGGGGUCCUAACCUGUUCAAUGCCGCACGCUUUGCAGUAGUUAGAAAACUCCUCGCUUACAUACUGGCGUCCGUUAUCAGUUCGUAGGUACUCAGGAUAUCCCAGUCUACAAAAGAUUUCUUUCAUUGCCUCUAUCAGGGUCGUUGAAGAUAUGGUUUUAAGAAACUUAUGCUCCAUAUAUCGUGAAAAAUAGUCAAUAAAGACUAGAACAUAUUCAUUGUUAGGUAACGGACCUAGCAGAUCCGACGCUACCCAAAUCCACGGGCCAGUGGGAAAAGGAUUUCUAUCCAUAGGCGGUGGUCGGAUGUCUUGAGAUACCAGGCAACAAUCUCUGCAAGCUUUGACAAACUUUUCUGCCUCUCGGUCUAUUUGUGGCCACCAUACUUUGGACCGCAGGCGGCGUUUCAUUGCUGUCUCGCCGGGAUGACCUUCGUGGGCUAACUCCAGUAUUUUCAUUCUUAGAGAUCUCGGCACGACUACUCGGUUUCCCCUCAACAGGAGCGAGCCAACCGCUGACAGCUCGUUACGAAACGGAUAGAAGCUCACUGAACUAUCAGGCUUCCAGGAGUCGUUUUCCAGGCAACCGAUUGCGUCCAUAAUCUCUUCAUCCCUCUUGGAAGAUUCUGCUAUUUCCGAGAUUGUCAUAGAUUUUGGGAUGGAGCUCUGUACGACGCGUAGGAUGCUGUAUUCCGUCCUGAGAUCGAUUGGUUCUACCGUAGAUAGUUGGCAGAGACGAGACAACGCAUCUGAUAUGUUGUCUUUUCCGGAUUUAUAGAUAACGGUGAACGUAUAUGCCUGGAGUCGCAGCAGCCACCUUUCAAUGCGGGCCGGGGGCUUGGAUGUUGGUUUGAAAAUGGCUUCCAAGGGUUUGUGAUCGGUUACGAGUUCGAAGUGCAGGCCUGCCAGAAAGUAAUAAAAUUUCUCCACUGCCCAAACCAGUGCUAGGCUCUCCUUUUCCGUUUGGGAGUAGCGUUUCUCCACCUCCGACAGGGCCUUGCUAGCAAAGGUAAUUAUUAAUGGUUCGUUGUCGACUUUGAAUUGCAAUAAGACAGCCCCAAGGGCAACCGGGCUAGCGUCCGCAAUCACCCGAGUUCGAUGUUUAGGAUCGAAAUAUGAUAGUUUGGGUACCUUGGAUAGGAGAUUCUUAAGGUUGUUGAAAGCAUUUUUCUCGGCUUCGCCCCAGGUGAAUUUGUUUUCAGUUUUCAGCAGUUUUCUUAGAGGAUCUGUGUGACUUGCAAGGUCCGGAAUGAACUUUCCGACGUAGGUUACCAAACCGAGGAAGCUCCGUGUUUCCUCUUUGUUCUUCGGGUCUCUGAAAGAUCGGAUGACGUCAAUUUUCUCUGGGUCGACUUCUAUUCCCUUGUCGGAUAAAAUAUGUCCGAGGAAUUUUAGUUUCCUUGUCUUCCAGAUGCAUUUCUCUUUAUUCAGUAGGACAUUAUUUUCCUGGAAUAUCUCGCAUACUUCUUUUACGGCGCUGUCGAUUUCGAGGUCAGUUGCGCCAAAAAUGAUUAUGUCAUCGAUGAAGUUCAUGGCGUUAGGUACCGUAGAUAACAUCUGCUCCAGAAGGCGUUGAAAAAUUUCGGGAGCAGAAUUAACUCCAAACAUCAAACGCUUAUAGCGGAAAAGUCCCCUUGGGGUUAUGAACGUUGUUAUCUCCCGGCUCGAUUCAUCAAGGGCCACUUGGUGAUAGGCGUCCUUGAGGUCUAGGCGUGCGAAGAAUUUCGCCUCUUUGAGUCUGGUCAUAAAGCAAUCGAAAGUUGGUAAUGGAUAGUUUUCCCGUAGGAUAGCUUUGUUUGCCAGUCGCAUGUCGACACAUAAGCGGAUGUCCCCGUUCUCCUUAAACGCAAGCACGAUGGGAGAUAUCCAAGCACUCGGACCCUUGACUGGUUCAAUUAUAUCUCGACUCAGGGCUUCCCCCAGUUUUUCCAUGACUUUGUCCUCGAGCGCUGCCGGGAUUCGUCUCACCGGUUGUUGAACGGGUUUUACGUCAUAAUCGAUAGAGAGCCUUACUUCAAUGUUUUUCCAACUCGGAAAAGGCUCUAUUUCUUCAAUCCGGUUAAUGUUUCUUCCCAGUCGGAGGACUUUUAACUCGAUAGCUGUGUCUCGGCCCAACAGAGAUUGUUCUCCAUUUUCAAUCACGUAAAAUGAAGCAAUCCCUUCGGCACCCGGCUCGACGGAAAUUGGGGCCUCGAAAAUACACAUUACUCGAAGUAAUUUAUUAGAGGCAUAGGCUCGGAAUUGCUUUUCUGUAUGGGUUCUUACGUUAAAGACUGUGGCCUUUCUCUUCACAAGCAGAGACCAGUCCGCGUGGCUGAUAAGGUUAAACUUGCACCCCGAGUCAAUGAUUAAAGGAAUUUCGCGGCCUCCCACUCGGCAUCGUAUGAACUCCUCUUCAUCCUCGCUUGACACUCGAAAGCAAUGUGCCUCGCCCUUUUUCAGUUUGGAGCUGGUGGCCUCCUCUUCGACAGAUCGUAUGUACGUGCGAGGCCUUUUUAGGUUAUUCCUUUGGGACUUAGGGAAUCGGCUGUUCAGGUUAGUUUGGCACUUCCUGGCAUAGUGUCCAGGCUUCGAGCAUUUAUUGCAAGUCACAUUUCUUGCCGGACAUGAUGGGUCAUUGUGUGUGUGUCCGAAUUUUCCACAUCUGGGGCAUUCCCCACUCUGCUUGAAACCACGAUGUGCAAUUUUACAGAUGGGUUCCGCACUUGGUCUUGAUGUCAUUUCUUUUGAUUCCUUGUUGAUCUGCUCCUCAACCUGACAUACUUCGAUCACUUCCUCUAGUGAAUUUUCCUUCCCCAGGAGUCUUUUCUUGAGGUCUAGAGGUGCCCACACAUCUAUAAUUUUAUCCUUAAGACAUAUAUCCUCAAUCUCCGCUUUUGAGGAUCCAAAUGCACAUCGUUGCAUUUGUUGACGGAGUCGCAGCAAGAAAUCCCCAAAGCUUUCUGUGUCCAACGGUGUCAGACUUCUGAAUAGAUGUCUCUCAAACGUUGAGUUCUGCUUUGGUGAGAAGUGUUUAUUUAGAUGGUCGAUGAGGAUUUUGUAGAUGUCUUCUUUAUUUCCGUCGCAGGGCUCAACUAGCGCACCAGGUAGGGAGAAUACUACUGACUGUAGCUGGACUCCUCCCAAAAGCAGUAGCUUACUCCUCUUCUGCUUCUCGGUAACAAUGCCCUCGGCCUCGAGGUAUAUUGUAAAUGCCCUCAACCACUUCUCCCAUUCAUUUCGGAGGAUUGCCUUGUCGAUCACCUCGCACAGAAACGGUUUAAUGACACUGUCGGUCAUUUUAAAUACGGGACCUAGACUUGGGGUUUAAAAAAAAUACAUUAUUAGAUUUAUGACUUGACUUGUAAUUAAUACCCGGCCCUCUUAGGAGCUUGUAAUUAUUACUCAGUCUCAGUUCAAUAAUACCUCCAAUUUACA